AUGAAUAUAAAUUAAUUAGACAUUUGUGUAAAUAUUUAAGAAGAAAACGAAGACUUAAAAUUUAUUUAAUAUUAGGUUCAACUAAAUGGAAAUAAAUAUAAUUUAGAGGAUAUAGUCUUUGUUAAUAAUUUUGAUUAAAUAAAGGUGUAUUAAGAAAAAUUAUAAAAAAUGGAAUUUUUAGCUUUUAUUGUGAAUAGAUGUAAGAUAAUUCCAAUCAAUCUUUUUAAGAUAUGUGUUUGCAAUUUAAUCAUUAAUAAUGAAAAAUAUAAUGGUUUAAAAAUCAUUGAUGAAUAAUAGAUAAAAAUACAUGAUUUAAUAUUAAAAGCUUCUUAAGAAUCGAUUUAAGAAUGUUAUUAGAUAUUAAAUAUUUUUAAAUCUUAAUUAUAAAGAAUUGUGUAUUUACAUCAAAUAGUAAUGGUUGAUACUUUUACUAAAGUAGAGCAAAGAAUUUAGUUUAUAUAAGAUUGUAUAGAUUAUCUUUCAAAAUAUAAAUAUGAAGAGGGAUCACAUAUAAGCCAAUAUAUUCAGGAGAAGAAGUUGUUUGCUUUAAAUGAUCUAUUUAGACUUUAAUCAAGUCUGAUGAGGAAAGAUUUGUGUCAAACAACUCUUUUUUAAUUGUAAUAAUAAUCUGGUAUACUUCAGAAUUUAAAUAUUUAAACUAGGAUUAUUAGAUUGCAACUUGAUUUUAAUUAAACAGAGUAUAUUUACACUUUAAAUAAAAAGGUAUAAAUAAAUAUGUAAAAUAUUUCUGAAAUAUUAUAAACUUUAAAACUUUUAGAUAUUUAUGAUAUAAAUAAGAAAUUGCAUUAAAUACCUGUUAUUUAAUAAAAUAAUUAAGAAAUAAUAUAUUAGAUAAAUGAUUAUUUAAUAAAAAUAAUGUAAAUUAUAUUUGGAAGUCUAUAGCUAUAAGAAAAUUCAUUGUUAGGUGAAUUAUUAUAGUAACAUAAAUAAUUUUUUGCAAUGGUUUGUAAUUUAUAAAUUCGUUAUACUUAUCAUAUAUGUUUAAGUCUUACUAUGUAACAAUAAGAAGCAUUAGAGAAUAGUUUGAAAGCAUUUUAAUUGGCAGUUGAAAUAAAUGAUAUAAAUGACAUAAUUGAAAUAUUUAUAAAUACUUAACUAUUAUAUAUUGAAACUGAUUAAGAGGCUGAAGGAUUGAAAUUCAGUUAAUAAUUUAUAGAUAAUUUUGGUAGCUAAAGUAUUUAAUAUUAAUAAUUAAAUUAUAGAAAUAAAAUUAAGUCAUAAAGCUGAAUAUAAAUAAAUAGAAGAUAAUAUGACUUAUAUGAUGGUUAAAUUAAGAAUGAAUGAAUGA